AUCCAGUGUUUGGAUUAUGACAUUCUAAUCCAAGAAAACAAACAAAUCCCAAAAUGAAAAUAAGCAAAGGAAAAUGCUUAUCCACAGCCCCUGAAAAUAGCGAACACUCUCCCUCCUCAGUUUUCAUUGUCAUCCCGUUGACAGGCUGAAGACCCAUUGCCUGCCUACUCUGCCCUCUACCACAGUCACUACUUUAGUGGGUUAUUAUAUUUCUUACAUAAAAAUAUCACAGCCCCAAAAGCUUCGCUCAGAAUACCAGUCUUCGGCUUUCAUGGCGACCCACUUCUCUCCUGCAACCCCUGUACGCUUCUUCCUCCAACACACGCAAAACCCUCCCAAAACCCUCCUCUCCGUUCGAGACUCCUUUGGCGGAGGACCGGUUUGUAAGAAAUGCCAGCCCAUAACGGUUAAUGUAUGCUCAUGGAGCUCAGCUGUUAGUUAUGUAGGAUCUCAGGAUGGCUCCAUGAAGUUUUCUGGUAAUCCCAUUGUUGUCAAGAAGCAAUUGUUGCAAAAGAGAGCUGGAACUGUAAGGGCUGCUACUAUUGAAGAAAUAGAAGCAGAGAAGUCUUUGAUAAAAGAAGAUGCUAAAGGAAGGAUGGAAAAGACUAUCGAACUGGUACGGUCCAAUUUCAAUUCUAUUAGGACAGGGAGGGCAAGCCCAGCCAUGCUGGACAAGAUUGAGGUUGAAUACUAUGGAAGCCCGGUUGGCUUGAAGACCAUUGCUCAAAUUAGUUCUCCUGAUGCAAGUUCCUUCUUGGUUCAGCCAUAUGAUAAAUCCAGCUUAAAGGCUAUAGAGAAGGCCAUAGUUAGCUCUGAUCUUGGUUUAACUCCAAAUAAUGAUGGAGAAGUGAUUCGGUUGACCCUACCUCAACUUACAGCAGAAAGAAGGAAGGAAUUGUCAAAAGUAGUGGCAAAACAGACCGAAGAAGGAAAGGUGGCAUUGAGGAACAUCAGAAGAGAUGCUUUAAAAGCUCUUGACAAACUUGAGAAGGACAAAAAGCUCUCUGAAGAUAAUGUCAAGGACUUAUCAAGUGAUUUGCAGAAAUUAACAGAUGAGUAUGUGAAGAAGCUUGAUACCGUCUUCAAACAAAAAGAAAAGGAAUUGCUGAAGGUUUAGUGAUUGUUCAUGCACUGAUGUAAAUGGUUGAGCUUUAAUCUCCAAACCUUCUGUUUUUUGUGCGGAUAACUUGCAGUGCUGUUUAUACCCCACCCUUACAAAGCACCUUUUGAGAUAACCAGACAUUUUGUUUUUAAGGUUACGUGAAAAAUAUGCCAUGUUAUGCAAGGCUUUUCAAUUAGAAGCGUGCACCGCAUUAAUAUCUCAACAUCUCUGUGGGUGGGAAUGAUGAUCAUUAUAUUAAAGAUGUUAAAAGUCAAAAUUUCUAUA